AUGUUUGUUAGGCCAGUAAUUAGGACAGUGGCCUCGGUGAGGACACUUGCUACCGCAGUCCCAGAAGCUACUGCAAAGAAGGUCGCUCCACCAGCUGCUGCCGCAGCCAAACCAGUAUUGCUAAAGACAUUCCAAAUAUACCGAUGGAACCCAGACACACCACAAGAAAAGCCCAAACUCCAGGAAUACAAGGUCGACAUCAACGCAUGUGGUCCCAUGGUGCUGGACGCACUCAUCAAAAUCAAGAAUGAAAUAGACCCAACCCUCACCUUCCGCAGAUCAUGUCGUGAAGGAAUCUGUGGCUCAUGCGCAAUGAACAUCAAUGGUGGAAACACUCUAGCUUGCAUCUCGAAAAUCGACCGAAAUGUCGCUGCUCAAUCUAAAAUCUAUCCAUUGCCUCACAUGUUUAUCAUAAAGGAUCUCGUGCCUGACUUGACCAACUUUUAUAAACAGUACAAGAGCAUCGAGCCAUUCUUGAAACAAAAGACUCCGGCUCCUGCUCGAGAAAACUUGCAGACUAUUGCUGACAGGAAGAAAUUGGAUGGAUUGUAUGAGUGUAUUUUGUGUGCUUGUUGCUCGACUUCUUGUCCUUCGUACUGGUGGAACCAGGACAAGUACUUGGGACCAGCAGUAUUGAUGCAAGCAUACCGAUGGAUGAUUGACUCUCGUGACCAAUUUGGUGUUGAACGUCGUCAAGCCCUCCAAGAUCCCUUCUCUGUAUACCGUUGUCACACUAUCUUGAACUGUGCCCGUACUUGCCCAAAGGGCUUGAACCCUGGUUUGGCUAUUGCUGAAAUCAAGAAGAUGAUGGCUAUGGAUGGUUAA